UGCGUGAAACAGGUAGGCGUGUCCUUAUUACCUGGUAAGGUGGUCUACUGACAUCACUGCACGCGGAUGCUUUACCCAGAAACCGCCCUGGGCGUCGCUACUUCCCAUUUGGAAGGGUGGGGAUUGUAAUUGCAUUGCAUGGACGCACUGGUGCACAGAAAGACAACAACAACCACCACUACCGUUUUACUUCUGCUCAAACUAUUCCCUCUUUCAGACUUUUUACUUACCUGAAUCUAGACACGAUCGAACUUGGAAACGGAAUACUUUGGACUGUACACUGCUUUAAUGACUUUAAUUUUAGACGUCCAAGAUUAAAGAGAGAUCUGAAGUCAGGAGGGUCAAAGGCUAACACUUUUACAGGACUGGGGCUAAUUUAAUUGUACAACUGGUGAAUUUUGUGUGUAGUAGUGACCAUGAGUGCGACUUAUGAAAGUAACUUCUUGAUGUCUGCUCUGCAGCCCAACACACCGGUAUCCUCGUUGGCGCUCCCGUCGGAGCAAAUACUGGGUAACAAGCGCUACGACCAAGGGCCGUACUCAGGCGGGCAGCAGGUAAAGAGUGACCGUGUGCAGGAGCAGGUCCGGAUGCGGCUGCUGCAGAAGUCCGUCAAGUCCAGUGGGACGGCCACGCUGCCGCACAACUAUGGCGGGGCCGCUACCUUCAGAGAUUCCAUCACGUCCAGUACUUCAAAAUAUAAUACCUGCCAGCCAGGUUUCACCUCCAAGUCUUUCAUGCUUUCUAAUGAGAGCCAGAAGAUAUCUACGGCAAAGCCUCAGUAUGGAACUGCCAGAACUGGCAACUGGUCUAGCCAGUCAGCUGUCGAUGUGGGGUAUAACAGGAGGUACAAUACAAUAAGUAGUACUGGUCCACGGCAGAAGGAGGUCUUCAUGAAUGCACGCUCCCAGACUGUAAAGCCACAGUCUACGUUAAUGGGAAGUUCUCGUAGUGGAAGGCGGGAAAUGGACACCAUGUCUUUUCGCUCUCUGCAGAUCUCUAAUGGUCCAGCCUAUUACAGUCGUAUGGAUGAUGAAAUGAGUCUUGGGUCAGACCAAGUUGAUCACACAGUGGGAACACCAUCUCGGGCAUCCUACUACAUGUCAGAAAGCAGUGAGGGAGGCCAGUAUGGUAGGAAUUAUACCAUGGACAAGAAAAUGAGUACUGGAAAUGGUAUCGGUUCUCAGUCUGCAAUAAUGCGCUCCUACAGUGGCACUUUUCCCAAGCCUAGCAGUGAAUGGAUGGAUGUGGAAGAAAGGGUAACUCAAAACAAAACCAUACGGGCUCCUGCCAUGCGUACUCUUCAGCGUUUCCAAAACACUAAUCGCAACCGCAACAGCACUGGAUCUUUCAUUAGCAUGGGCCAGCAGAGCUCUUCAGCUUCUAUGGUGCAGACAGAUUCUGGUGCAGAAUAUGGAGGCAUAGUAAUGCAACAACUCUCCAGGGCUCCAUCUAUGAAAAGCAUGGUUCUUGAUUCUACCACAAUGCCGGAUCUGCAGGAAAUCCAGGGACAAAAAGACUUCCUGACCCAACAAGCUAUUUGUUCUGGGUUUGACAACAUAGACUUGCAAGGAGCAGUGCGGUACCUCUCUGCUUCUGACUCUGAGAUGCAGGUAAUAGGAGCAGCAUAUAUUCAGCACAAGUGCUACAAUGAUGACGAGGCCAAGUUACAGACUCGGAAACUGUUGGCAAUACCCAAACUAGUGAAGCUGUUCAAUAGUGAGAACCAGGAGGUGCAGCGACAUGCCACUGGAGCAGUGAGGAACCUCAUUUAUAAUAACAAUGACAAUAAAUUGUCCUUAAUUGAGGAGGACGGAGUUGCUGCUCUGAUGAGGGCCAUCCGGGAACCUGAUGAUGAACUUCAGAAAAAUGUCACAGGAAUUUUGUGGAAUCUGUCUUCCUCUGAUUCACUGAAAGAUCGUCUGUCCUCUGAAAUAAUGAAUGGUCUAACUGAAAAAGUUCUUGUUCCUUUAUCUGGAUCAGGGAAAUCUGGAGUCAUUAGACAGAAUGCGUCUGAGUCUGAAAUCUUCUAUAAUGCCACUGGUUGCCUAAGAAAUCUCAGUUCUGCAAGUGUCCGGACCCGAGAGAAGAUGCGGGAGUGCCGUGGACUGAUUGAUUCAAUGGUCCAGUAUAUCCAGAAUGCAAUGGAUUCUGGCAAGGUUGAAGACAAGGAAUCUUACUCCGACUACUCAACAUUUACAGAAGUUUCAAAGGAUCCCAAAGGCAUGGAAUGGCUUUGGAACCCAAAGAUUGUGUCCCUUUACACCAACUUACUCCAGAAAUGUGAAGUGAAUCACAAUACAACAGAAGCAGCAGCAGGAGCAAUGCAAAACAUUACAGCGGGUGACAGAAGGUGGCCAUCUAUUUUAAGUAAAGUAGCCUUGCACCAGUCAAGAAUCUUGAAUCCGUUACUGGACAGGCUCAGAACCAACAGUGAUCAGGAGCUCAAAUCACUAACAGGUCUUCUACGGAAUCUCUCACGGCAUACCAAGAACAAAGAUGAGUUGUCAACGAAAGUGGUGAGCCAUCUGGUGGAAAAGCUUCCAAGUUGUGAGUCCAAAACAAAUCCAUCUGAUGACGUUGUGGUAAACAUCUGUGCAGUGCUCAACAACUUGGUAAUGGAGAGCUCACUGGCUGCUAGAGAUGUGUGCUAUUUCGAUGGCAUUGCGAAACUUAUGUACGUUAAGAAGAAGAAGGACAGCCAAGAAUAUGCGAAGGCAUCAAGGGCAGCCAUGGUGCUACUAAAUAACAUGUGGCAGUACGGAAAGUAUCAUAAGGAAUACAAAAAAAAAGGAUUUGGAAAACCCGAUUUUACCAGUAUGUGAAGAAGAAAAGAAAGUGGGUAAUUCUGUAACCCACCACUGUGUGACAAUCCUCAUAAAUAUUCUAAGGAAUUACUCUCUUCAAAAGUGUCUUUAUUUAAUGUACUGCAAAUGUAUUAUUUGCAGUCAUUUGGCUGAUUUUCUACAGACUUCAAGACAAACAGUAAUGCCCUCUGUAUUGUUUUUCUUCAUUUGAUAUACCACGAGUUUAUCAUUUCCAGUCUUUUGACUGGUUUACUACAGACAUCUAGACAAACAGUAGCACCAUCUGUAUUGUCUUUCUGGAUACAGACUACUGCAUAUUGCAUUGAGGAAAUAUGCAAAUUGCAUUUUUAGAAGACGUGUCAUUGCUAUGCAAGCGGAACUUGUUUUAACCAGUGCUUCUAAAUUAUGCAUACUCCAAAUUUUAUCACUUUUAUUCUGCUAGAGAUGUCAUUUCCAAGUUUUGGGUGACAUUAUUUUUCAUAGAGUUUUAUUCAUUUGAGAUCUUCUAAAAUGAAGCUACCCAACACUAAUGCACAAGAAGUUUUUAAAGCCAGAUACUAGUGUGGGCUGCUGUAUCAUACAGACUUUUGCAACCUGCCUAAGACUUGACGUAAUGGGUUUUCUCAUUCUUUUAUGAAAUAAUCUUUUAAUUUUUGGGAAAGGCCUAUAAACGAGAAAUAAAGAGCAUGGUGCUUUAGUUUCUUCAAGUACCGAUUGAUGUUUAUCUCUGCAUUAAGUUUUUGCAUUGUAAAUUACAGAUAUAAAUAAAGAAUAUAUACCUAAUUUUUAUCUGUGACACCAGCCACAUUUCCACUCCAUGAAGCUGUUAGAUGAAUGUAUGCCAAAAUCGAUAGGAUGUUUUACAAGUGAAUGCCAUCCUUCUGCCGCAGAGACGUGCCUUUGAGUGAUGCAGGUGUGAAAUAAAAUGGUCAACCAUAA